CUCCUUCCCCCCUUCGAUCCCUUCCAUUUCUUUCCUUCACUUUCUCCUCCGCUGUCUCGAUUCCCUUUCUCUCGCGAAAUUCAGCUUCCGCGGUCUUUUUGCUUCGUAGCUGUCCAGCUAGCUGCGGCGGCGCUGCUCUCUCGCUGUCGCUCCGAUCGUCAUUCUCCGAUCUCCUCCGCUCUCGAUCAGCCGAUCGCGGAAACCGCCGGAUUUGUGUCAAAGGGUAAGGAGGCGGCAGAAGAAGAAUUCCAGUCCAUACAUAACAACAAAAACAGCGCCACUCGACAAAGUAACAUGUCCAUUUCAGGUACGUGGUGCAACAAACUAAAUAUUCUCCAAUAAUGUGGAAACAGUGGGUGGUUUCGUCGUUGCUGCAGUUGCUGACUCUGUUCCUUUUAUGUAUGUUUUGUUUGGGAAUGCAGGUAUGUUGAAGAGGAACUUCUCCAGGGUUAACCAAGCAAUGGGGCUUCAGCAGCGACCGUCUUCUAACAACAAGCCACCGAAGGCGGGGCAGCAUGGUAACUGCAACAGCGAUCCGCAUCCUGUAACGAACUUACAGGGGGAACACCCGUCAGCAUUGCACUCGUUUGAUCAGAUGAUGAAGGUAGCAAAAGGGAAGAAGAUCGUCGUGUUUUUAGAUUACGACGGAACCCUCUCCCCUAUUGUAAAUGACCCUGACUCCGCCUUCAUGUCCGAAGAGGUAAAAAAUGAAAACAUGCCUCAGCUCUUGAGCUGAAAUGAGUAAACGUCAGCAUGUGCACACAGUCAAUCAAAUCUGUACUGAAAUGAAAUUUUGCUUUGUCAUUUAGAUGCGUGCAGCUGUUCGUGAGGUUGCUAAAUGCUUUCCAACUGCUAUAAUCAGCGGUAGGAGUAGGAACAAGGUAAGCAAAGAGUCUGCUGGUUCUUCUUACUUCAUGAAAGGAAGACCGAGAUAUAAUGAGUGCUCUGUUUUUAUUCUUGAAGGUGAAGGAGUUUGUACAGUUGAGUAAUGUAUAUUAUGCUGGGAGCCAUGGGAUGGACAUCAUGGCACCACCAAGGCCGGUUAAGUCUUUCGAUGGCAACACCCCAACUGUCGUAAUGGACAAGAAGGGAACUGAAGUGCUCUUUCAGCCUGCAAAGAGUUUUCUGCCUGCCAUUCAGAAGAUAUUGACAGAACUGGAGGAGGAAACAGCGAAGAUAAAAGGGGCCAGGGUGGAGGAUAAUCAGUUUUGUGUCUCUGUACAUUUUCGGCAGGUCAAGGAUGAGGAUUAUCAGAAUCUGGAGGAGAAAGUUAGGUCUGUGCUGGAGAAUUACGCAGGGUUUCACUUGUGCUGGGGGAAAAAGGUUAUGGAGAUACGACCAACGAUAGAGUGGGACAAAGGUCAUGCUGUGGAGUAUUUCCUAGAGAGUUUAGGGCUAAGCAACUCUGACGUUCUCCCAGUCUACAUCGGUGAUGACCGGACAGAUGAAGAUGCUUUCAAGGUGAUACAACGAAGAGGGCAAGGAUAUCCGAUCAUCGUAACUUCCACCCCUAAGGACACCAAAGCAUCGUACUCCCUAACCGACCCAUCCGAAGUUUUGAGUUUUCUGCUACGCCUGGCGAGGUGGAGGAAAUCCUCGAGCUCAAGCAGAUCGCUCAACCAAAUCUGGGGUGUAGUCAACUGACACCAGGCAAUAGGCAACAACAGGCAUAUAGUGGAGAUAAAGCUCAUACAUAGAAAGCAGUAGAUAAGCAAUCAAUCCGAGUUCAGGAACUAUAAGUAACUACAGAAGUUUCAGCUUGUAGUUUUAGCAAGAAGUCACAGCUGGAACACAGUUUUCAGUUCCAAGUCCUUCGAAUCUCGCCCCGUGUUUUUUAGCUGGUGGCUGGAUUUGAAAUUGACUAUGGAAAACUAUGAACUCAGUUUUUUCCCCUCCUUCCUUUCCUUUUUUGUUGAAUCAAGAACUCUGUUGGACUCUUGAGAAAACCCUUGUUUUCAACCUCGGUUGUAAUUCCAUCGAACAGAGUCUAUCGAUCUUUUUCUAAUGAUAAGCAAACUGUUUUGUACGCAAUGCUAUUCUACUCUUCUUUAUAUACAGAAGAGAUGGAAAUUCAAAGCAAGCAACUUCAAUGGAUCAAAUUCAGUUUGCAGGAUGAAUCAAAUUACCUUUCAGUUCCUUGUUACUCAGACAAGCUCUCCGGUUAUCGAUCCAAGUUCCUGAAUGCUGUUCCACUUUACUCUCACUGCUGAAGUUUUCCAUUUCCGAUCGGCAUGCUGGUAACAGCGGAAAAUCCAUACACACUUGCCACUUGGGCGUUUGGCCGCUGAGUGAAAGGAGCCGCCGGCCGGAUCAAGAGGAUUCAUCUCUUCCGAUCAACCGAAGUCCAGCUCGCUCUUUCUCCGGCCAACCGAAUCAGCAGCUAGCCGGCAAAGUUU